GUUGCAGCGUAUGCAGAUUUGUAACACUUUUAUUAUCUUUUUUUUUUUUACCUCCUGAAGCCUAUACGUCAAAAUAAAAGGAAGAUGAUCAACAUGGCAAACACAAUGACCCCUGAGCCCCUUACAGCCCUCUCUCGAUGGUACUUGUAUGCCAUCCAUGGUUACUUCUGUGAAGUCAUGUUCACGGCCGCCUGGGAGUUUGUGGUGAACUGCAACUGGAAGUUUCCCGGCGUGACGAGCGUGUGGGCGCUCUUCAUCUACGGAACCUGCAUCCUGAUCGUAGAGCGCAUGUACCUUUGUCUACGGGACCGCUGCAAUGUGCUGCUCCGCUGCAUCAUUUACACACUGUGGACAUACCUGUGGGAGUUCGGCACGGGUUUGCUGCUACGACAGUUCGACGCUUGUCCAUGGGACUACUCAGAGUUUAAAUAUAACUUCAUGGGCCUGAUCACGGCAGAGUACACUGUGCCAUGGUUCUGCGCCUCCUUUAUCGUAGAACGCCUAGUGAUCCGCAACACGCUCCGGUUGCGCUUCGACGAGGCCGCCGAUCCCGGCCAGUCUGAAGAACGUUCGGACAGAGGCGGUGGAGGACGAGGAGGCGGAGGGCGAAGAGCACGAGGGGCCAGAGCAGGGGCCACCAUAUCUCCAAUAACGGGCGAGGAUCCGGGUAAUUGA